AGAAAUAAUUGCCUGACGAAUGUGACAUGGUUCUUGUCGUUGGCGAAUACCUAAUGCGAGAGGCAUAGUGUCGCAUCUGAGGAAUGCGGUAUCCUUCGUAGACAUGACUCCGCGAUAGUCUUCGUGUUAUGUCAAAAUUUAGCCUGGAUCCAUUCGAAAGUUCAUCGAGCCAUGGCAACAUUACAACCGAAUCAACCGCCCACUGCGGGGAACGAAGCUCGGCAGCCAACACCCAAUCCCGUACCUGUUGGGGCACGUCCUGCAGCUGCCACUGUUCGAGAUAGAAUCUUUCAUGCUAUAUUUUUCCGUGUGGCCUGUCAAUAUGCUCAAGUCAUGCCCAAAUCUAUGCGUAGAUUUGUAGAAUUUUUUGUUCUGAUGAAGGCAUUGUUCCUACUCUCCAUGCUUGCGUAUAUGCACAUCAUAUUUUCAAGAUCUCCGACGAACUGCCUAGAUCAUAUCAAAGAUACGUGGCCAAGAGAUGGGAUUCUUCGAGUAGAAAUUGCAAUUCCUCCCGGUCCAAAGAGUGACAUUCCCGUUCGAACCGACGAAAUUCGCGUACCAGACGAGGUACUCGCGGGAAAAUCAAAGCACGAUUUAGCAACACUUCUAGGUCACAGGAGCUCUGGAGUGACCGUAUCAGAUGUAUGCCCUGCUCGAAAUGUGAUGAAUGAUUCUAUUGGAAUAGGCCAGGAUGCCAAUCAUGAUGUAGCUAAGGUGCGCUCGUCGAAACCAGUAACUAACGGUAUUCCUGGCGCCAAGUCAUUUCUGGAGACAAUUUUAGGAAUAAGCAUCAAUUCCGGAAAUAAUUUCGAAUCCGACUCCGAUGACCCUGAGAGCAGUGCUUUCGAGGGCUACGUUGUUGAAUACUCGUUGGAGUAUGGAUUUCUACGACUACCAGCAUCAGUUCGCAAACGACUGGGCAUUCCUGUGAUGGUGGCGCGGCUGAAUCCGCGUGAAGAUGCUUGUUUUGGAGAUCAGCUGUCGAAAUGGAUUCUUGAAAGGCUUCUAGGUUACGAUGACGUCUUGAUGGCAUCAGUGAAAUCAAUCGCCGAGGGAGAAAAUAGUAAAGGAUAUGUCAGGAAUGUUGUCACUGGAGAGCACUUCAGAUUUGUUUCCACGUGGGUUACGCAGACCUCUUACUUAGCAGCAGCAAUCAUCAUGAUAUUAUUUGUGAGUAGCGCAAUUGAAAUAUCCCGAAUUUAUCCGAACAGUGCGCAUAAAAUGAUAUUUCCUCAGACUUUGGGAAUUUCUAUGCUUCUGCGCUAUUCGCAUCAUCAGAUUUUUGUCUUCAUUGUUGAUUUGUUGAACAUGUUGGAAUUCAACGUGUCGAUCAGCUUUCCUGCAGCUCCUCUUUUCACGGUCAUUUUAGCCCUCGUCGGAAUGGAAGCUAUCAUGUCUGAGUUCUUCAACGACACUUCAACUGCAUUUUACAUCAUCCUGAUAGUCUGGAUGGCAGAUCAGUACGAUGCUAUUUGUUGCCACGCUGCGAUUACUAAGCGUCAUUGGCUUAGGUUUUUCUACCUGUACCAUUUUGCUUUCUACGCAUACCACUACCGUUACAAUGGCCUAUAUUCGGGGUUGGCGUUGGUGAGGGAAUUGUUUCAGUACAUGAUAGUUCAAAGUCUCCGCUUACUCCGAUCGAUGAAGAUUACUGAUUUGGUUCCCAAUUUUCUCGGUUCGCAAAAUGGGAGUAAACUGCCUGCGGAAAUCGGACAUCCAUUUCAUGAUCAAAUGGUGAACGACUGCUAUACUCAUUCGAUGCUGUACUUUUUCCAUCAUUACGAGCUGCCCCUCAUACUUCAACACGUGCGAUUCGCCGAAAUGGUCCGUUCUGGACUGUCGCCGAAUAGUGCAUCAGCUAGUGGUGCCGCUGCAGUUGCAGCAGCUGCAUCAUUAUCGGCCAGCACGCAGGCAAAUGAAGAAAAUUCGGCUUUGGGGCGUCCAUUGUGGAGAAGGUUCAUCGCCCAUCACCGAGGCAGAGUUGUCAACGCGAGGGUCGUCGGAACACCAGCCGUCGUUGAAGUUCAGGCGAUGCAAGAGGAUGUGGAAGUCGUUGUGCCUGAGCCGCCAUCCCCGACUAAUGUAACCGAGUCGGCUGUUCCGAGGCAUGAAGCUGCUGCACCCAGUCCAGUACCAGCGGCGCCGUCGCCGCCUUCGUCGUCACCAUCAUCAUCAUCUCAAGACAAGGAGCCCGUAGACUCUGGUGGUACAGGAGUCCACGACUCUGCCUCCUGAAUCCCAAGGAUUCGCGAUUCCUUGCAUUCGGGAUGUUGUAGCAGUUUGAGAAGAUGAACGGGAGAUCACCGGGCGCGAGAAUAAAAGAGGAAGAAAGCUUGAGCAAGUAGUGACGAAUGAGCCACUUUUUUUGCUCUGCCAUCGGGUUUCCGAUAAUUUUUUUAUAUUUUGGGGAAGAGGGUAAAUCCAGUAAAUGUUUAGCUGGUAAUUUUAACAUUCGUUUUUCUCGUUGUGUCUGGUUCUGUGACGCGGCUGAUACAUUGUUUUUCAACGUCUCGGAAUUUGGCCACAUUCUCUUCUCUUUUAAUUUGUAGUCGAAAUUUCUUGCGGAUUGGACGUUUGCGAGGAGGAAAUGAAAUACCCGGAUAAUAAUCAGAUGACGUGGUCAAAAACUUCGCUUAGGUAUUUGAAAGAACGCAUUUAAGCCGAUCAUGAAGCAUGCUUGGCUAAGUAGGGAGACAUUCACUUCGUUCGAAGGCUUAAUUGCGCGUGCUCUUACUUCGAGAAACAUUGUAUUAUUUUCUUCAUUUUCUUUUUUUUUCCUUGAAGAGAAUCUGUCUGGAAGAAUGUGAUUGCCGAUUUCCAAGCCUUUUGAAGCGAUGAACGAAGUCGUGUCCCUUAUCGUUGAGCGGAUCUUCGCAGCGAUUUUUGCCUGUUCAUCCGGGAGUUGUGUGUGCAAUCCCGAGGUUAUGAGUGUUCGUCUAAUCGGUUCCCAUUAUUCACUUGAUGUGCUGAGUGUCUUUCCGAUUAUUUACCUUGUUCUGGUCCCGAAGAAAAGCGAGAAGGAAAGAGUGGAAGAAGAAAACAUAGGCACCGAUUUAUUUUUGAAAUGAUUCUUUACCCCGGAGA